AUGGCUCCUUCAGCAAUCGUGGACGAGUUUCCAUUGGAGGCCAACAAUAGUGGCAACUGUACCAUUCAGGCUUCCGUCCUGCAUGGGCCACGCGAUCUUCGCGUCGAAAUAAGGCUUCUGGCCGAUCCGCUCCCGCACGAGCUGCAAAUUGCCGUCCGCGCCACCGGGAUCUGCGGGAGUGACGUUUCGUACUAUAGCAAGUUCCGCAAUGGCGACCUGUGCGCCGUGGCGCCGCUGUCUCUAGGCCAUGAGUCUGCUGGUGUGGUUGUGGCCGUGGGCGACCAGGUGCCCGCCGACGCGUUCCGGGUCGGCGAUAGGGUCGCGCUCGAGGUCGGCGUGCCGUGUGACGCCUGCAGGUCAUGCCAGCGUGGCAGAUAUAAUCUGUGUCCCAAGAUGAGGUUCAGGAGCAGCGCAAAGAGUGUCCCGCACUUCCAGGGGACACUGCAGGAGCGCAUCAACCACCCCGCGAAGUGGUGCCACAAGAUCCCGGAUCACGUGUCCCUGGAGUCUGCUGCCCUGCUGGAGCCGUUGUCCGUAGCAAUUCAUGCGUCGAGAAGGGCAACGGUGGAGCAAGGUGACACUGCCGUGGUCUUUGGUGCUGGCACUGUGGGACUGCUGACCGCCGCAAUGGCCAAGAUGUCUGGAGCCACGACUGUACUUAUCGCUGACGUCGACAUCGGUCGGGUUGAGUACGCUCUCCGGAAUGGCUUUGCUACCCGGGGGUAUGUCGUGUCGACCGGUCCUCAGCCGCAGGAAACGAGCAAAAAACUCGCAGCCGCCAAGUCUCUCGCAAAUGAGAUCGUCGAGAUUGCUUGUGCUGGCGACCCAGACGCUGAAGGGGCAGAUGUUUCUUUCGACUGCACAGGCAAAGAAGUGUGUAUGCAAGCUGGUCUCUUUGCCACGAGACCGGGCGGAAAACUGAUCAUGGUCGGCAUGGGGACGCCCAUUCAGACACUUCCCAUGUCCGCCUCGCAUCUGAAAGAAGUCGACAUCAUUGGCAUCUUUCGCUAUGCCAACACUUAUCCGACGGGCAUGAAGAUCAUCUCGUCCGGCGUUCUGCCCAACUUAGAUAUGAUGAUUACACACCGCUUCAGAGGACUGGACUCUGCUAAGCAGGCCUUUGAGCUCGCAGGGAGGACGGUGGACGACGACGGUAAGCUUGUCCUGAAAGUGCUGAUUGAGUGUUGA